AUGUUUUGCUCGAAGGAAUCAAGGUUUGUUGUCCUUCUUUUUGCAUUGAUGACCUCUCUAACCGUGCUUUCCCACUCAGUAGAGGUAACGACCGUACUGACCACAUCAACAAUCACUGAAAUCGCCGUCGUUACUGCUUCACCACAACCAAAAAACAAUGCGGAAGCCGUUUUGAAUACUGCGACCAACAUAAUCCAGACCAUGCAGUUCAUUUUCAACUGCGCACCGUUCAAGUGGAAAGGCCCUCUGAAAAUAACCUCAUGCGCCCUGAACUUCAUCGUCCUACUACUCACUGCCUGGGGUUACCUCCUGAAGUACUUACAAGACAAAAACUUGGAUAAUGAUGCUGAUAUGGAACAGAUGGUAGGGCUCGGCUUUGGCGAGAUGGUCGGCAGGACUAUCGGACUGGGCGUUGGAAAAGCUUUCACCAGAAUGGACAUCACUCAGAGGCUAGUGUAUCCAAUCGAGGCAAGCCAUCGGCAAAAAUGUCUGGUCAUGACCGUCGGAGAAGACUCGAUAGUACCGCUUCAUGAUUUGUCUACCGAGAUAUGUUUCGACCACAACACAUUCGAUUCCCUUUCUCGCCGUAACCAUGGCAGUGUUUCUGCUUUAGAUACGGUCUCUGUAGGCGCCUUGGGUUUGGCAGAUAUCCCAUCAGGGAUGUCUGCUGUGAGCGAACUCUACACACAUUUUGGAGAUUAUACGGUGGAAGUUCUCAGUGGCAUCAUGAAACUGGCCUCUAUCAUCAACAGAGAAGGCUGGCAGAACGAAAAGAGUGGAUUUGUGGUCCUCUCGAGGGACCGGCCCAACGAGACGCUACUAAGCGUCCACAUGUACAGUUCAGGCCUGUUGUAG